AUGGCGCCCCGCGCGCUGGACACGGGCUCUCCCUCUUCCACGUUGCCCUUCUGCUCCCCUGAGCUGUGCCCAUGCUCGGCUUGCUGCUGCUGCUGCUGCUGCCGCCUCCUCAGCUCCUCCCGGAAGAUGGGCGGCAGCUGGUUCACGUACUCGCGCCACUGCACUUUGCCCGCGUGGCCGCGCCUCGGAACCGAGGGGAGGAAUUCGUCGUGCAGCGGCGCCGGCGCUUGCGGCGGCGGCAGGGAAGUGGCGGACGUGCCGUGGAAGGACUUGGCCCCGCCGACGUCCCACGACGAGUGCAUCGGCUCCAGCCGGGCCGGCGACACGCAGCUGAACCCGGUGGCGGUGGAAGCCAAAGUACACGACAGGAAAGCCAAGAAGAGGCUCUGCCCGGGGCUGGCCGACAAGCCUUGCAGCUCCGGCUGGGUUUGCAGCCGCUCGCGGAUCAGCGCCAAGAGGCACGAGCCCAGCGCCGCCGUGCACGCGAUCAUCAUGGCGGUGACGCAGUGCAAGAGGGGCGCCAGCGAGCGGCACGGGCGCGCGCCGACGAAGUCCAGCGCCAGAGCCAGCGAGCCCGUCAGCACGCUGAAGAAGCAGCAGCAGGCGAUGGCCAGCAUGAUCGGGCCCCCCGACGGGCCCAGCAGCGGCGUGCCCGGAGCCGGGUUGUCCUGCCGUAUCGCCCAGGACGCCCCCAGCACAAUCGCCCUCCGCUUCUUGUCUUCCACCAGCACCCAGAUGGGGUAGGCGGCUGCCGUGCCCAGAACCGCCAGUGCCAUGCUCUGAGCCAGCGCCGCCGCCAGGCUCCCUUUGCGCCGGAGCCGGUUGCGCCUCAGCAGCAUGAGCCGGACGAUCUUCGACUCCCCGAGGCUGGCGGUCGCCUUCUCCAUGGCCACAAACUUAGGAAACCGCGCCUAGGGCGGCCCGUGUCCUCAGGGGCGGCUCCUGCCCUCGCUUGCCUCUGAGGGAACCGAGACCCGUUCGUCUCGUAAGGAGGGUCGUUGGCAGUUGGGGAGGGGGAGGGGGGCGCGAGGCGCAAAAAUGGCGCCCCGCUUUUCCCGCCUGAUUUUUCUGAGGGCUCGAGCGUUUCGUUAAAAGGCAAAACGCACGCCAUGGAGGUGUGUAAAAUCGGGAACUGUGUAGAUAUGGGGUAACUUUUCCCCCCUCAACGUCGUGUCGGAAUCCGGAGUCAUCCCGUUAGAAGAAAUGAAGUAGUUCUUCACACAGCGCAUAGUUAAAGCGAUAGGAUUUGUUCUCAAAAGCUGUGGUGACGGCCACCAGCUUUCAAAGGGGAUUGGCCAAAUUCAUUAAAGAUAAGGCUGUCAAUAGCUACUAGUAGUCAUCACGACUAUGUUUUGCCUCCAGUGCCAGAGGCAGUGUUUGGGGUUUUUCUUCUUAAAAUUCAAUUUUUCGGCCUAAAAAAGCUCCCAAGGCAGUUUAUAACUAAAAACAAACUUGGGCCUGCCCUCAAAUUUCAAAUCUGAAAAGAACCAUGCAAAACAAAAACGGAUUGGGAGGGAGGAGAAAAUGAGCAAACUCUGUUUUCCAGGGCUCUCUUUCAUCCAGAACCUUUUUACACUGCCAGAGUUCAAUCAGGAACAUGUUGAGAACAUGUUCCAACACAUGUGCGGAUUGUCCUACCAUCCUUUACUAAUGGUAGCUCACACAUAUAGGAUGAAAAACUUAACUGCUUUCUAGGGACAGAGUGUGAUUUCUUGUCAGACAUCUGAUUUGGCAUCCUGCCUUUUAGUAAUUAAAUACAUUUUAGAAAUUUUUGUUCUUUUAUGCAAGUUACAGUUUUAAAAACAAUAAACCAUGAGAGCCACUAUUAAAGAUGAGGCAAUGUACUGCCAACUACCAGAGUUAAUUAGAAGAGAAAACUCCUUAAAUUCCAGUAAGGACACCAGUGUCAAACACUCAGAAAAUGAGUACUGUAGUGUCCUAUUGUAAAUUUACAAAAGCAGAUGUAUUAAGUUACAGAUUUUGUCGCACAUUAGUAAGUGCACUCUAACAGUAUUGGGAGUCCUGUGCAAUGUGGACAAUGGUGCUUAUUCAAGACUAUCUUAACACACCCCGCCCCCCAAAAAUGGAUUAAAUAAAAUGCUUUCUUUCACUGACAAUGUAUCAUUCAAGUUUUUGAUUCUCAGCUUACAUCACACUAUGUUUUCUGUAUCUGUUUGUCUUAGCUGGUUCUUGGCAGUCUCAAAUGUACUUUGUUUCAAAUCAUUUAAACCCACACCCCUUCAGCAGAAAGAGAUUCAAACUUGUGAUCACUCUUCAGCAGACAUUGAACUAUACAAGGUAAGGCUUUAUUAAAGAUCGCACAGUAGUUCUGUUGUAACAACUAGAGACACUGCAUGUUGUAAAUCACCCUGUGUUACUCAGAUGAAGGGCGGUAUAGACAUUUAAUAAAAAUAAUACAAGCAGUGCACUUUUAGCUGGCCUGAACUUUGCAAGCAGCUCAGUUUGAUAACUACGGUACGUUGUGCAAUAACAAGUCCACAGCAAAUGAUAAUAGCUGAUACAAGGCUAAUUCUAUAUUUGCUGAACUAUAAAAUGAUAAUCAAAUAAAUAUACUUCUAGCCAUGGCAUUAUUUUACUUUUGUUUUUAUUGGUAGCAUUGCUAUCGUACUGCUCCAAGGUGAGCCUGAUAUUGAAUACUUUACACACUAAAAGUGUAUAUAUAGAAAAAUAUAAUAGCACAUGACUACCAUAUUUACUAUGACAUAAAAUGGAAUGUGGAAAACAGUAAUAAAAAGGUAUUUACCCAUUGAAAGUUUAAUCUACUGUGUUCUCUCUUGUUAAUGUUUAUUACAGAAUGUUGAGUGAGCAGUUAAUGUAACAUUCUUCGAUAUUGUUGAUAGGCCAAGUGGCUAAUGGUACAAGCAGUAACUUGUGCCAUUGCAUUUUGGUCAGGUCUACCUCCCUGCAAAGCAAAAACCUGCUCCAGACCUUUGCACUCAAACUGUUACUAACUUUCAAAGAAGUGUGCUUAAGGCUCUGGUACUAUUUUCACCAGUAUUGCUGGAAUCCAGGUUGGCACCUUUUUACAAAUGCGAGUUUGGAUUCCAGCACAAUAAGACACUCAUACCAUGAUCUAAAGUAUUUAAACAAAACAAAAAGCAAGAGUUACACAUAGUUUUCGGCACACAAGUUAUCUGCCCCUGGAUUAUCCAUGAUUCAUAUGGAUAACAAAACGUGAAACUACUGAUUCCAAUGAUUGCAGUGGCUUUAAAAAAUGCCACCAUGAUAAUGGAAACUUGGCCCCUGUGACUAGAUUAUUCAUUUAAGGAAUUUAUGUAAAGUGGGUGUACAUACAUGUCUAAAAAUUAAUAAGAAUGGCUCCAUUCCUGAUUUUCUGUGAAAUACGUUCACUGUUUCAUUCUGCUUGGCUUAAGUGGAACUAUGGUGAUGAUGAGUCUGCUCACAGAAAACAAAUUUAAUGCAUUUGGUUUCAUAUAAAGUCACCUAAGGAAAAAAAACUGUUGGAAGCAACACUGAUUAGAGGGAGGGAAGGCUUGUAUUGUCAAAGCUUGCCUAUUUAAUUUAGGGAGGCAGGGAAUGGGAUUUUAUCUUUCCAGACACAAUUCCAGACAUUUCCCAGAUGUUUACACGAGAGGCUGUAAAAUAUAAAUUUAAUUUUAUCAGGAUAGACAGGUGUUUACGUCUUCUGGAAAGAUAAGCAUAACAUUAUUUAUGACACAGUGGCAAAUUUAUAUCAUUAUUUGCUUUUUCAAGCUUACUUUACCAGACAUAUCUCAGUAUGUUUGCAUUUUUACUUCAGCAUGAUUCAAUAAAUUAUAAAUACUCUAGUUCAUAGAGAAAAUAUACAUGAGCUCUUUCACUUAUGAAGUCUUGAGGAUUAUCUGUGGAACAGAUGGUAGAUCACAAUGUCAAUCACUCAGUGCUAUAUAACAUAUCCACUUCAUUGUUGAGAUCAUUUUUUUCUAGUGUCCAAAAGAGGGAGUGCUUUGCAUUCUUUUCUUUGGUUUUCUAUCCAGGACAGUCUAGUGCAGAUGUUGAACAGGGUUGCUUGUUUAGAAAUCAGAGAAUCUCCACUGCCACCUGAAGAAAAGAGUGAAAAAGUGGUGAGAGUAUGGUACUGACCUGGUUCAGGCAUUCAUUUCCAGACUUGCUAAUUUAGCAGGCAGGACAAGCAAGACGACCACAUGCUCCCCCUCCUUUUCUUUCUCAGGAAUUAACUCCUGGUUUAAUUAAACCACAGUUACCCAUUACAUCCAAAAUGGGAAGCUGUGUUUUAAUGUCAGUUUACUAACCAGGACCUUAAAUUAUAGUUUGAAGUUUAAGGUCCUGGUUAGUAAACUGAAAUUAAACCACAAUUCCCUUUUGGGGGGCAGAACAACUAACUGUGAUUCUAUUAAACUAUAGUCUCACAAAGUUACAUAUCUUGUAAGGGUGUUUAGUCUAAACAACACAGCCACAGGAUUUAAUUCAGUACUGUCUGAGAAAAAUGUCACUUUUGAAACCAACUCUAUGCUACCGCCAUACCUCUAGAAAGGUUGUGUGAAUCAUUCUCAGUAAAAGCUAAUGGGGAAUUGAACUAGUUAGCUUUAAAAUAGUAAGACCAAAUCAUGUUAUAUAGCCCAUAUGACAUAAUAUUUCUUUAUUUUACGCGUAAUGAUAUCACUAUCUGCCAGUGGUCAUUUGAAGCACUUUCCUUGCAGGCAUUAGUCCCUGACACAGUUUGGCUGCAGGAUUAUCCUCUCUUAACAGUGGCCAAAGUAUGACUUCUGACACUUUGUGUUGGAGAAGUAGGUAAGCAUUUUCUAUUGACAAAUGUACAUUUUGAAAAUGUGUGAGAUUUGAUUAAGAACCAGCCAGCCCAAUAUCUAUAUUAGAUUAGCCCAGGUCAUUAGUGAGAUUUAUCUACUUAGUGAAAUCUUUUAUCAGGUCAGGGUUUGACUUUGAUAAGCCAUAAUCAGAGAUUGUGUUACUGAUGCUGUCUAAUAUCUAUUUGAAGAUAACAAAAGUUAUCUGUAUCUUUGGGAUCAUAUGACAUCAGUAUGCUGUUAAUGCUCAGUUAACAUAUCUUUAACAAGGUGCUUGGAAACUUAGAAUCAUAAAUCAUAGAAUUGUAGUUGGAAAGGAUCCCAAGGGUCAUUUAGUCCAACCUCCUGCAAUGCAGGAAUCGCAACUAGAUAAUUCAUGACUGAAGGCUUUCCAGCCUCUGCUUAAAAACCUCCAAGGAAGGAAAGUCCACAACUUCUUGUGGAAGUCUGUUCCACUGUCAAACAGCUCUUACUGUCAGAAAGUUCUUUCUGAUGUUCAGUUGGAAUCUCUUUUAUUGUAACUUGAAUCCAUUGGUUCAUGCCCCACCCUCCAGAGCAGGAGGAAAUAAGCAUGCUCCAUCCUCAGCAUGACGGCCUUUCAGAUAUUUGAAGAUUUCUAUCAUAUCUCCUCUCAGUCUCCUCAUUUCCAGGCUAAACAAACCCAGCUUCCUCAACCAUUCCUCAUAAGGCUUGGUUGCCCUCAUCUGCACACGUUCCUGCUUGUCGAUAUCCUUCUUAAAUUGUGGCAACCAGAACUGGACACAGUACUCCAGGUGUGAUCUGGCCAAGGUAGAAUAGAGAGGUGCUUUGUCUUCCCUUGAUCUGGACACUAAACUUCUGUUGAUGCAGCCUAGAAUAGCAUUAGCUUUUUUUGCUGCUGCAUCACACAGUCGACUCAUGUUAAAGUUGUGGUCUGCCAAGACCUCUAGAUCCUUUUCACAUGUAGUACUGGUGAGCCAGGUGUUCCCCAUCUUAUGGUUGUGCAACUGGUUCUUCCUAAGUGCUGAACCUUACAUUUCUCCGUAUUGAAAUUCAUUUUGUUAGUUUGGGUCUAGUUCUCCAAUCUGUUAAAGUAAUCCUGAAUCUCAAUUGUGUCUUCUGCGGCAUUAGCUACCCCUCCUAGUUUCGGUGUUAUCUGCAGACUGGAUGAGCAUUUCCUUAAUUCCGUCAUCUAAAUUGUUUAUAAGACAUUGAACAGCAGUGGACCCAGGACAGAACCCUACAGCACCCCACUUGUCACUUUUUUCCAGGAUGGCGAGAAACUUAGUGCAAAUGUUGAAGAGUGCUCACUUGUCUAAGAGUUUGUCCUUACUUUCCUACGUCACUUAUCUAGGGGAGAUAGACCACAAGCCCGGGUCCAGGUGUAGUGGUAAACCAAUCCAUGGCUUAGCAUCUGGUAAUGUGGGAACAGUGGCUGAAAUCUAUGCUUUGAUAACCCACAGGUAAGCUAGUUACAAGUAGGUAGCCGUGUUGGUCUGCCGCAGUCAAAACAAAAUAAAAAAAUUCCUUCCAGUAGCACCUUAGAGACCAAGUAAGUUUGUUAUUGGAAUGAGCUUUCGUGUGCAUGCACACUUCUUCAGCUAGUUUGACUUAGCAUUAUGAGCAAACACAGAGCUGUGAACUUGCUAACUAAUUAGUUGUGAAUUAGCGAGCUAAGCCCAUACUAGCAUAGGGCUCAUUUCUUGGUUAUGUCAGACAAUUCUGGAAGAUUGAGAUUCUACACUGACAACUGGUUGCAUAUGUGAAUUUCUAUAUUUUUAGAUAGAUGGCACAAGUGCUUCUUUUCCCCUAAUCAGGAGCUUUUGCUUUUAGGCACAACCCAGACAAAGUUAGCUAUUUUAAAAUCUCAGUGCAAUAAUUCAUAUAGUUAUUAGUACAUACCUACUACUGAAAUCAAUGGGGACCAGCCCAGUUUAAUUUGGGGUGGCUUGAGCCUGCAUGGUUAGGUUGCCAAUAUUCUGUUGACUUUCCCCCCUCUUAAAAUCACAUCAUUUUGAAAAGUAUGCCUGACUGGUAAGGUUUUAACUUUUAAUUUCUCUCUUUAAAAAAAUAAUCCACCGUUUACGGAAGAGAAAUCCAAAGUUUCUUAGCGGGGGUGGGGAUAAGAAAGAAACAGAGAGGGGCAAAAAUACACAGAAUAUGUUCUAAGGCGCAGCCCGCUCCAGCAGCCGUUAACGGCUGACCUGAGGGAACUGUUGUGCCGCGUUCAUAAAAUUCUCCUCCCUCGUCCAGCCGUUUACUUUUGAACUGAUCCUUCCGAAGCGGUUGAUUGGCUCGAGACGACCGGCUUGCCCAGGCGCGUGCGCAGCAGCGAGCUGCCGCGGCUGCUUCCCUUUCCUCCUUUCCGGCGAUUCUGAUUGGAGGAGGAAGGGAAGAAGGGUUUAGCAGCCCCCGGCUGGGAUCCAUUCAGGGGAAGCUGAGAGGAAUUUGCGGGGAGCGAGGGAUCUGCUGCCGCAGGUGGAGGUGAGCCUGUAAUGCUGGAUACGUGUAUUAUUUUGAAGUAGAAUAAAAAUGGAGAGGGGAGGGGAGGCUUUUAUGGGCGUACUAGGUCGUUGCUAUCGUGACUGCCCCGUCCCCGAAGUGUUUUGGGAGAAAUUAAGGGAGUGGCGGAGAGAGCCUUGAAAAGUGCUCCUGUUUCUGUAGGUAAAAAGAAGAGCAACAGUAAAGAUAACUCCUUUUGGGAGGGGGAAAACAGGGUGACCACUAAGAACUUCGUGGCAUUUUCGUUAGUAGCACUCUGCUCUGACAUUUGGAUGCAUAUCGGAACAAUACAGCUGUCCUAAGACCCAGAAAACUCAAAAGCAAGUAUCAUUUGUAGUCAACUUCUUGCUAUACUGAUUUAUCCCUUAAGUUGUAAAUGCCCCUUCUGGUGACUGUUCUUGGGUCACGAUCCUCCAGCUAUUUGUAUCUAAACAAUACCAUUACUCAAGAGUGGGGCUACUUGGCAAAUAAAUGACCGGAGGGGUCCAGAUCUAAAGCAUAUACAGCUUGCCCUUAUUUAAACUUCCUUAAAUUUCAAUCCCUUUAUAUUAAUUUGUGAUUAAGAAUGUAAAAUGUUAGUGGCUCACAGUGACUUGCAUUAAUAAAUAUUGAAAAACUCUCAGACUUUGUUUGCAAACUUGCAUUUAAAAAGAAACAAGUACCAGGGAACUGAUCUUUCCUUUCCAUCUUAAACUCAGUUCAGAUUCGAUUUUGUAUUUCUUCCAUAAAGUAUUUCACUUCUGUUCACCUACCUACUUUCCUACAUUUGAACUUGUGGAUGCUUGACACAUGCCAGAAUAAUAAAAGCUUGAGUUAAAUAAGCUUGCCUGUCUUUCAGUGACUUAAACCAUUUUAAGCAGAUACAGUGGUACCUCGGGUAACAUACACUUCAGGUUAUAGACUCUGCUAACCCAGAAAUAGUACCUCGGAUUAAGAACUUUGCUUCAGGAUGAGAACAGAAAUCAUGCUCCAGCGGCGUGGCAGCAGCAGGAGGCCCUAUUAGCUAAAGUGGUGCUUCAGGUUAAGAACAGUUUCAGGUUAAGAAUGGACCUCCGGAACGAAUUAAGUACUUAACCCGAGGUACCACUGUAUCUCAUAAUAAUAAUAAUAACAAUUUAUUAUUUAUACCCCGCCCAUCUGGCUGGGUUUCCUCAGCCACUCUGGGCGGCUUCCAAUAAAACACUAAAAUACAAUAACCUAUUAAACAUUAAAAGCUUCCCUAAACAGGGCUGCCUUCAGAUGUCUUCUAAAAGUUUGGUAGUUAUUUUAUAGAAUCAUAAGAGUUGGAAGGGACCCCGAGGAUCAUCUAUUCAAUUCCCCUGCAAUUCAAGAAUAUCCAGCUGUCUCGUACAGGCAUUAAACCUGCAACCUUGGUACUGUCAGCCCCAUGCAACCAGCUGAACUUUCCAGCUAUAUAGUGUUUGGUUUAUAGUCACAUUUCUUGGUAAACUGGCAUCAUUUCCUAGAUGCGUAUCUGAUAAGGGAACUAUAAUUUUUAUACUUUUAAAUUCAAAUGACCAUAGUAACAAUUAACUGGGUAUUUUUUUACACCUCUAUGGCAAUUCCUAUGUGUUUCCAGGUGGGUUUCACAGGAGAAUUUUCAGAAACAUAGGAAGGGCCUUCUGUGAAAUAUAGGCACAACAUUAGAUUUUUUUAGAAAUAAAAAAUGGGACAAAGAAAAAUCUGCUAGAAAAAAGAUUGGCUCCAAUCCCAGUGUCAGUAUAAUAAGAACAUUGGAAACUACCUUAUACCAUGCUAGAGCAUUAGUCCAUUGGUAAAGGUUUAUAGUCACAUGCGGGGACGCGGGUGGCGCUGUGGGUAAAACCUCAGUGCCUAGGACUUGCCGAUCGCAUGGUCGGCGGUUCGAAUCCCUGCGGCAGGGUGAGCUCCCGUCGUUCGGUCCCAGCUCCUGCCCACCUAGCAGUUCGAAAGCACCCUUAAGUGCAAGUAGAUAAAUAGGUACCGCUUUAUAGCGGGAAGGUAAACGGCGUUUCCGUGUGCUGCUCUGGUGCCGGUUUGCCGGAGCAGCAUCGUCACGCUGGCCACGUGACCCGGAAGUGUCUGCGGACAGCGCUGGCUCCCGGCCUCUAGAGUGAGAUGAGCGCACAACCCUAGAGUCUGUCAAGACUGGCCCGUACGGGCAGGGGUACCUUUACCUUUAAAGGUAAAGGACCCCUAGACAACCAGUCAAAUUUGACUAUGGGGUGCAGUGCUCAUCUGUGCUUUCAGGUAGAGGGAGCCAGCAUUUGUCCGCAGCUUUCUGGGUCAUGUGGCCGGCAUGACUAAACUGCUUCUGGCGCAAUGGGACACCAUGACGAGUACCAGAACGCACGGAAACACCGUUUACCUUCCUGCAGCAGCAGUACCUAUUUAUCUACUUGUGCCGGUAUGCUUUUGAACUGCUAGUUUGGCAGGAGCUGGGACAAAGCAACGGGAGUUCACCCCAUUGCACGUGUUCAAACUGUGAUCGGAAAGACCAAGAAGCUAAGUGGUUUAGUAUUGUCUACACUGACUGGCAGUACCUUGUCAGGAUUUCAAAUGAGGCUUUUGCUGUUUAAACCUGGGACCUUUUGCUUGGAAGAAAUGUGUUCCACCACUGAGCCACGCCUCUUUCCUAAUUUAUUAAGAAAUUGUACUAUAGUCAUUGGAAGACUACUUACGUAUUAUUUUGUGUGAUGUGCAACAAAAUAUCCAUGCAAUACAUAGCAUUUUCUUUUUAAAACAAGUUUCACUGAUGCUAGAGUUAUAGGUCAUUGUGAAAGAAGUUCUUUGUUUUAUUUGCUGAGAAACAUCAGUGAUGAGGCAAUAAAAUUUUGUAAGCAGGAGUGCAUUUUUCCUUUCAUAUAAUUACUAGUCAUCAGAGUGGUAGAGAACUAAGGAAUGGAGGUAAAGGUUUCCCUGCUGAGAACAAACUUUUUUGCCUUAUUCUUAGAAAGGUUCAGCCCAUUGUGAAUAAAUUAUAAUUAUAGGAUUUCUGCAUCACUACUUCAGCUCAGAAAAUAUGCCUUACUGCUUGUUAUCACCCCUGAAUGUCCAGGUUGGAAAACAUAAUCGCCAAAUUCUUCACUUUUUAUUCCAGAUAAAUAGAGAACUGUUAUUUCUAGAAUAUACCAAUCCCAGGGCUGACAAAUACGACUUCACUAUAUCUUCUCCGUGAGUAUUGAAAAUUGUACUUUGCUAUUUGUUUGUUUUAUUUAUUAUAUUUUUCUGUAGUAUCUAAUGGAAUUUUCUCCAAAUACUCUGGGUUUUGUUUACAUUUUUAAGGUACAUUACUACUGUUUCCUUAGCCAUGCAACCAGUGUAGAUUGAUUAAAAUUGAGUCAUAUCAAGUCAGUUAUUUAAAUAAGAAAAAAGUGCAAAUUUAAAGCAUUGAUUUCAGUUGUGUCCUGCCGAUACUACAUCAUAUGUUUCCUAAACAAUAGCUGUGUUCACAUGAAUGACAAACCAAACUUUAUGACCCGUGGCUUAUUGUGAAUGAGCAGCAUGUUGGUACGCUCUGCCUGAUUACUCCUGUUUUGCUCUUCCUCUUGCAUAUGUGGGAUAUGCAGUGCAGGGACUCUAGUUUGUGGCUCCCUAACAAGCCAUCAUUUGCAAGCCAGCAACAAACAAACCAUAAGCCAAAUUGUUGGGGAGAUGUAAAUCAUAGAACUGUAGAGUUGGAAAAGACAUAGAGGGUCAUCUAGUCCAACCUUCUGCAAUGCAGGAAUCUCAACUAAAGCACCCAUGACAGAUGGCAAAAAUCUACAGUUGUCCCUCUUUGAAGCAUAGUGUGACACUUCUUACGUUCUUCGGUGGACAAAGGCAACUGUGUGUAAGUGAGCACAGUCAUGAAAAGAACAACAGAAAUAGCCUUUCCGGGUGCUUUUCCACUGAUGCUUAGUGGUCAUGACAAGACACAAGGCAGAAUUUACCUAACCAGCCCCACUGGUGGAAGUCCUGUGCAAGGACUUCCACUUGUACCAUGCUCUCUUCCCCCACUUCAUGUCCCCUGAAAUUUGCCUCCAGGAGGAGGUUUGGGAGAACCUUCAGAACAGUGCUCAGGUGGAAGUGGGGUGUUUGUGCAUACGGAACAAUUGGAGGAGUGCAGUGUUGAAUUCUGCCGUCCGGAUUCAGAAAAUCCAUGGUUGUAUUCAACUAAUGUUUACUCUUUUGACGUCCGUUGACUCAUCCAUGGAACUUCACGUACAUAGUUCCAGAGUGUUCUAAGGUCUGUGAAAGAAACAAUAUGCUUGACUGCAUAUAGAUGCCAGUGAAGCAUUAUAUUAAACAGAAGUCAAAAAGCUUUUUGUGACUAUUUAAAGUCAUUUUCUGACUAUUGAAACUGAGGACGCAACCAAUGUGUUCACCCAUAUGUUGACUGCUCACCAGUGGAAUGGUUCAGUGGAUUCACACUGAAGGAAUAUUAUUGUUAUAGUUGUGCAUUAGCAGCUGAAAGAGAUGUACUAGGAGGAGACGUAACAAGCAGCAACUCUUUGUUCAGAGCUACAAUGGGGCAAUCAGAUUUUGUGGGGAGCGCAUUGGAAUGCAGAAGAGGAUCCAGGACAUAUAUCCUACUGCCCAGUAUGUUCAUAGGUGUACCCUUCAAGUGAACUUGGUGAUAAAACCAACAGCUUUACAAAUCAAAUAAGUGAUUUUCAGACCUUUUUUUGGUUUCCUGGCAUCCUUUGCCAGCAGCACAAAAAGGAAUGCAGUUUUGGAGGGUGUUGCAAGAAGAAGAAUCCCCAGAUUUUAUUGGACAUGCUGGAACUUUAACUUCUUAACAAUGAAUGUAGUAUUUGGGAAGAGACUGACACUAAUUUAAUAUUUUUGGAAGAAACAUUUUGAUAACAGCACAAUCAGAUAGGUGCAAGUUCCUGUACCUUUUGUACCUGUUUUUUUCAGAAUGAUGACUCAUGUGGAUAUCCACUUCAGUUAACUCCAGAGAACAGCUUGACUUUGUCAGAUUUUAUGAGCAUCAUCACGUCAAGUCAAAAGAUUCCAUUAAAAGCUUGUUCUCUGAGUUAAUUCUGGCAAUCUCAGCUUCCCAGAAGCAAAACAAAGGAGAAUCUGGAUCAAGACACCUUGGACAUCAUUGCACAAGCAAAGUAAUAUCUGUAUUUACUGAUCAUUUGGUGUAACACCUGUACAAGGGUGUUGUUUCUAGUACAUAACUUGAGUUUCCUGCAACAGGCACUUAAUGAAGCUAUUGAAGCCUGGACCAUUACUGUGGGAUGAAGGCUGGGCUUUCUAUCUUGUGCAAGAGGUAAGAAUUCUGCAGUCACAAAACUGUGUUUACAUUCCUGCACAAGCUUUCAGAGAGCAAGCUGGAAACAACAUUGCAGCAAAUUAUCCCAUUGCCAAGAUUCCUGAUCACCGCUCAGAUGACAAUGGUAAAUGUGCAAUGGAGUUUCUCAGCAGUGAGGAUUAAGCAUUUCCUCUGGAACACCAGGAAAGAAGACAGACUCAAUGCUUUGUGGAUUAAGUAAGUUCCAGACUUCAGUCACAGGACAUCUAGACUAUUUGCAAGUCCAAAAGACUCUUCGGUGUGGCCAUGGAAUAGAGAAUGGCUGCUUAACUCUGGAGCUCCGUUGCUUGCCUGAAGGAAACAGUUAUCAACUGUAAUUUAUCAACCUGCUGUUCUCUGGAUGGAGCAGAGGUCAAAGGAAUGUUCACAAAUCACGACUGACCAAAAAUAGGUGAUCUUGCUCUAUUUUUUUUAAACCCUGUGAUAAAAAACAAACUUCAAGGUUGCAGGAUGCUGAAGCUGACACUUAACAUGGCACUGCCUUUGAAGGAUUCCCCCUUUCUAAACAAUCAAUGACAACGAACAUAUCAUUUUCAAUACUGAUUUUUCCUGGCAAGGUACAUUUCAAAGGCUUUGCCAACAUUUAGCACUAAGCCAUAUUUGGUGGUAACCAUAAUCGUUCUUACAUUUAUUCACAUACUGCCUUUCUGACUCUGAAUGAUUUACUGUUUUGUUUCCUAUUAUUCAGUCUGCUGCAUUGAGUACACUUGGACCACUCCAUCAUUCUUGAUUCAGAAAGACAGCAGAACUACUUGCACUUGAAGGGGAGGGUGCUGUUGCAUCUCUUGAGUCACUGCUCUAGGUUUGCCUCCUUCCAAAUUGGUGGCAUAUACUGGUCAGUAGCUCCUGCAGAGAUACAAGAGGUGGGCUCCUCUAAGAGUGAGCAAUCUUUAUCCUAACAUUCUCUAAAAGGAAGCCUUAUUUGGGUCUGGGUGAACUACCGUAUUUUUCGCCCUAUAGGACGCACCGCCCCAUAAGGCGCACCUAGUUUUUUGGGGGGAAAUAAAGGGGGGAAAUUAUUUCCCCCCCAGGCGCGGGGCUGGGGCGGGGGAAGCCCGAGCUUCCCCCGACCCCGGCCCCCAGAACAGGCAACUCUUCGCAAGCCGCAGGAGCCCAGCGCAGGGCUCCCGCGCCUUGCGGAGAGCUGCGCGAAGUCUGGGCGCAUUGAGCUCAGCGCGCCCAGCCUUCGGCAUGCAGGCAACUCUCCGCAAGCCGUGGGAGCCCGGUGCGGGCUCCCAUGGCUUACGGAGAUGUGCGUGAAGCCUGGAGAGCGAGAGGGGUUGGUGCGCACCGACCCCUCUCGCUCUCCAGGCUUCAGCGAAAGCCUGCAUUCACCCCAUAGGACGCACACACAUUUCCCCUCACCUUUUUAUUAUCCGUCCCUUCUAAUCAGUUUAGUUGGGCAUACAGCAUCUCAUCUUCAUUUUAUCCUUAUAAUUGAGCUAGGUAGGUUAGGCUGGGAAUUGGUGACCAGCACAAGGCCACCCACUCAGCUUCAUGGCUGAGUAGGGAUUUGAACAUGAGUAGGCAGCCCUGGUCUGACAAGAAAAGUCCUGCAAUGAUGAACAAGUGCAUUUAUGGCUUAAUGUUGCUGAUGACAUAAAUGAACCUCAAUACACUCUUUAGUUUACCUGUGAUAAUACAUCCAUUGCUUAAGAGGAAAUGUUUUCUAAGUGUCUUUUUGCAUAGCUAAUGUAUACUGUUAUUUAAGAAUAGAAAUGCACUUGAAUAAAAAAUAUAUAGAAAACCUAUGACAUUAGCCCCAUAUAAACUGUAUAUAUGAGUGGUGGUUGGAGAAGGAACUGGCAAACCACUCCAGUAUUUUGCCAAGAAAACUCCAUGGACAUAGAUAAGGAGAAGCUUUGAGAAGAAAGUGAGUUUCCAAGGCAUGCUCUGGCUCAUGGGGUCACAGAGAGUUCAACAUGACUAAGAUGACUAAACAAUGAGUGGUGGCAUAAUUUAGAUAUAUACUUUAUAAGUCAUAAGCAGCAUUGAUUUCUCUGAUCAUAUGGUCCAUGUAUGAUGGUUUGACAGAAACCCCUUUCCUGCUUCAUUAGAGGGUUGUGCUAGUUAUAGCUUGGCAACACAUCAUUUUAUAGAGUAAGUGGGAAUCCGUAAUAUAUAACUGAUUAGUUUUUGGCCCAUUCCACAUUUUUUAAAAAAGAAAAAACAAUUUCUAUAUUAAUUUCUUAAACUAUGUUGAAAAACAUGCAAUAAAUACUAUAGCUUAAUUAAACCAACUUAGAAUGACUUGAUUCUAUUAGACUUUACAUAUAUAUAUAAAACUUUAAAAACGUUUCCCUCUUUAUUUUUAGGAAAUGCAUCAUUUUGAAGAGGAACUAA